AUGAGGCUCCUGAGGAUCCGUAGCACCGGUGCCAUCGUCUUAGAAUAUUUCGAUGACAGCUCCGUUCCUCCCUAUGCCAUCCUCUCCCAUACUUGGGGACCCGACGACGAGGAAGUCAAUUUCCGGGAUAUUCAAAAGCGCAGAGGUCAAAGCAAAGAUGGAUAUCGCAAACUCGAGUUCUGCGGCCAACAAGCUGCCAGUGACGGGCUGCGGUACUUCUGGGUAGACACUUGCUGUAUCGACAAGUCGAGCAGCGAGGAACUCGGCACAGCCAUCCGGUCCAUGUACCGAUGGUAUACGGAAUCAAACCAGUGUUACGUGUAUCUGGCAGACGUAGAGGGCCGUGAUUCGCGCGGCAAACGUCAUAAAAAUUGGGAAUACGCUUUUCGAAAUAGUAGAUGGUUCACAAGGGGCUGGACGUUGCAGGAGCUGAUCGCACCUGAUAGCGUAACUUUCUUCUUCUCUGAUGGCGUGCGUCUAGGGAGCAAGGGAGGCUCGUUGCAGAAGAUAAUCCGUGAAGUCACAGGCAUUCCAAAGGAUGUGCUACGUGGGGGUGGGACAUCGGUAUCCGCGUACAGCAUCCAAGAACGAUGUUCCUGGUAUGGCAACCGGCAGACGAAAAAGGAAGAGGACGAGGUGUACUCGCAAAUGGGUAUCCUUGACACCUUUAUUAUAAACGCAUACGGUGAGGGUAAGAGAUCUGCAUGGCGCAGGCUUAACUUUGAACUUGCCGGGGCCGAGAGGCUUGAGAAAGUAGAAAAGAAACUCGAAGAGCAAAAAAGGGAGGACAAGAAGCACCAAGUGCUGGAGACAUCAAGCGCAAAGUCUCAACAGCUUUUAAGUCUUGCAUCGUCAGAUCCAACCCCGGCAACUUCACUUCAGAAGGGGCCGCAGUUCUCCCUGUCUCUAUGCGGUUCAUACUUUGCCCUGGAUGGUCCGGAGUACAAUUAUCAGAACUGUAUGGGUGAUUAUUACGCGGCGAUCAAAAACCAUCUUAAUGCUCUCUGCUUCUUAGUGUGUGGAACAAACGGCUCAUGGAUAUACAAGUAUCGAACCGCGGCAGGGGGUUACUAUGUUAAGUGGAGUGGAAACUUGAGCACAGAAUAUCCAUUUCUAUUAGAUAAGUUGCGGAACGAAAUGCCAAGCCGCGAACCUCUUCUCAUUAGCUUAGGACCUAAUCAGACGUUCUACUCCAAAUGGGAUAACUAUAAUUGGUGGAAGGUUCCGACGUCAAUAACAAACAAGAUCCAAGAGGUAAUGAAUCAGGGAAUCACAGCAGUUGCUCUCGGGAUGGAUGAGUCGUAUGUCAUUGUUCACGGUAAUAGAUGGAGCUGGGAUUUGAAAGGCAACUACAAUGGCCUCCGGGAAGCGCUCCAAGGAGCAACAUCUGCUCCCAGGGCUGUCGCUUUGAACUCACAGAACUCCACAGACUACUUGUUGCUGAUGGGGAGUCUUGGUUACAGACUUACGGGUGGCAUUGGUAAUGAGUACCAUGGCAACUUUCUAAACUGGAAGAAUAGGAAUGGAGUUUAG